CCUCAAACACGAAGAAUGUUUCUUCGACAAAGCGGGGUUGUUAGGACAAAUUGCAUUGAUUGUCUGGAUCGUACAAACGCCGCCCAGCUAAUAAUUGGAAAAUGUGCUUUAGGACAUCAAUUAUAUGCCCUGGGAAUUAUCGAUGAGCCUCGGGUCCCGGUAGAUUCCGAUGUCCUGAAUAUGUUGACAGAUAUGUACCAUGACCACGGAGAUACCAUUGCGUUGCAGUAUGGUGGAUCAAAUUUGGUUAAUACAAUAGACUCAUAUCGUAAAAUAAAUCAAUGGACAAGUCACUCUAGAGAUUUGAUUGAGAAUCUAAGGAGAUAUUAUAACAAUGCAUUUGCUGAUGCUGAAAAGCAGGAUGCAAUGAAUCUUUUCCUUGGAAAUUUUGUUCCACAGAAAGGGCUUCCAAAUUUAUGGGAACUACCAAAUGAUUAUUAUUUGCAUAAUGAGGAUCCACGUUUUAAAAGACCACCUAGAAGUUAUAUAAAUUGGUGGACAAAAGAUGUUCUUGAGCCAAAAGAUGAGCAACCUGAUAUCACAAAAUAUCAGCCUGUCUCACGAUUAGAUCAUCAAUUUGACGACGAGACAGAUCCAUAUUCUGGAUAUUGGAUCGAAUAUUAUCGUCCAAGAUUGUUUACUUCAUUCGAAAAACUAUUCGCAUACAACAUGAAUAGCACAACGAAAUAUAUACCCGCAAUUGCUGAGCUUGGAGCUUAUGAUUAUAGCCCGUUUACUGUUCGUGUUACUCAACAGGCCACGAGAUUGAUGAAUAUCGGAGGAAAGGAUAAUCCGUCAUCGAUAGAAUCGACGGUAUCAAAAAAGGACAAUCCAUCAACUAUUAUGGAAUCAAUGGUAUCAAAAAGCUUAAAUCCAAAUGUAUCAUCAAAUGAGGCCAGAGAAUACAUACAAUAUAUAAAUCAAAAUAAGAAUAUGACUUUAACAUCAACACCAAAUGGAGACAACGAUCCUUCAUUAAAAAGUAAUUCGGAAUAUCCUCAUUAUGCAAGCUUUUGUCUUCGUGCCAACCUUACAAAUCCAAUAACCGAUUUGAAAGUAGAUUCAGUAGAUGAAAAGGUAUAUGGAGAUUAUCUUGAAAUUCCUAGAAAAUAUGCUAUAUUACAAGCGGUUGGUUCAAGUCAAUAUGUUAGUAGCGGUGCAGCUAAGGGGAGAUAUCAAGCUUAUGAAGGUUGGGUAAAGACUGGUAAAUUAGUUGGAAAUAAUAAUGUUGUUAAUAACAGAAAUAAAGGCGGUGAAAAGGGUGUAAGGAAAGAGUCUUAUAAAGAUAAGAUGAAUACCAUUAAGGAAUAA